GCAGGCGUCAUGGAUCAACUUUCGUCACAGCGGCGUUUGCUUAUUGGUUUCAGGCUUUUAAGCGUUUUCAGUUGUCAGUUUCUCCUAUCCGUCAACAGAGGUCGUAUUCCAAAAAGUUGUUUUCCUUUUACUCGUAGAUCUGCAUCAAACAGAUACCCAUAAUGGACUUUUUAAAGAAAGCGUCUGCACUUGUUGGUGGAGAUGAGAACCCUCAGACCGAGGAAGGUCAAGACCGUGGCUUGCCCUUCAAGCUGCCAGGUUUCGUUGUCAACGCUAUCGAUCAAUACCUUGAUGGUCUCAAGCCAGAACUUUCGCCUCUCAUAUCCCGCGAAAUCGGGAAUUUUCAAGAAAGUACCUUAUCAAGUCUUGAAAUCCGGGUGAAAGAAAUUGUGCACCAGAUCUGUCAUGGGGAUUUCUCUGCUUUGAACGGAAGCGGUGGAAGUGCUGGGACGAAUGUGCCCACAAGUGGCGGAUACGGUGCUCCGUCUUCUGAUGGGAAUGGUGCUGCAUUGAUGCAAGCUACCGGUGGCUACGGCUAUGGCGCACCUCAAGCGGCCGUAUCGAAUGGCAGUUAUAUGAGCGAAAUGUCACGAUCGAUUGAUACCCCAGUUGCGACUACUGAUCGCGGCAUUAUCCAAGACGCCCUGAACGCUGCUCAAUCCUUUGCAACCACCGCGUCAAGCACCAUCUUCAACCCUGAAGAAAAAGCUCGGGAACUCAUUCCCCCACUCCGAGAGCAAGUUUCCCGCCUUCUCGCUGACAAGCAUCAAGAUCUUGCUGAUCGCUUCUCCGAGGAGGCUAUCAAGCAAAUCAAGAUUUAUCUCCACGGCAACAUUUCACCCAGAGAGAUCGGGUCAGGCGCCGUUGAUGAUGCGGUGGAUCUAGUAUCUGGAUUCUUUGGAGGGAACAAGCAACAGGAAACGGAUCGGGCCAUUCCAGGCAUGAGCAACCUGAAAGCACUGUUUUCCCGGAAACUAUCUGAGGGGAUGGUCAUUAUUCGGGGUCAAGUUAGUACGACAAUGCACCGUGAACUGACGACAAUUGAAGCCAACAUUUUCACGGAUCUUCCCUCCCACAUCCGUGGACCGCUUGAAUUUGUCUUUGGAGGGAAUCCUUUCCAAAACCAGGACCGUGGUCUUGUCAGUGAUGUUGCCGAUAAAUUCAAGAGUGUUGUCCGGGGGUUACAGGAGGGCAUUCAAGAGCGGGCGAGAGGUGUCGUCAUUGAAGGUCAUCGGGAGUUGGAAGGCAAAGCUGUGGACAGGGUGCAGGACGUUGUGGUUGAGAGGGUCAGGAAGUAUGUGCCCGAUAUUCAGAUAUGAGGACAUCUUGGCGUUGAGCUGUCGUUAUUUGGAUGCAUUGGCGCUACCAUAUUUCAUUGGCAAAUAUACCACACGUGUACAAAUCCAAAUAUGCUAAAAAUGCAGCAUGAGGCUCUCAAACGAGUCCUGCCAACCCUGUAUUCACUAUUUUUCAAUGAAUAAAUACUAUCAAUUCCCU